CCGGUGUUGCCGGGCAACCGGAAAGGGCGGCCGGUUGUAGCGCACGUGGUGGGGCGUGAGCAGGAGCCCCCCGCCCGCAGGCCCGGAACUCAGCGCGAGGCAGCUGUUCCCGCGGGCCGCCUGGGAGCGGCAGCAGAGCCGGAACCCCGCCUCCCUGCUCGCACUGCGCCUGCGCUCACCUACGCAAAGCGCGCAGGGGGCGCAGCUUGCGCUGGGGAGCUGGGCCUAGGUGGCGGGCGGGCGCGCCGGCCGGACUCAGUGACAAUGAGGAGCUUGUGGAUCUUCAUUGCUGUUUUGUUUGCCUCAUGGGGCUUUUCUUUGGCCAAGUUUGAUGAAUUUGAGGAUGGAGAUGACAUUGUGGAGUACGAUGAUAAUGACUUUGCUGAGUUUGAAGAUGUUACUGAAGAUGUAACCACAGACUCUCCCCAGAGGAUCAUAACCACAGAAGAUGAUGAGGAGGAGGCCACUGUAGAGCUUGAAGGUCACGAUGAAAAUCAGGAGGACUUUGAUGAUGCAGAUGCACAGGAAGGAGAUACUGAGAGUGAGCCAUAUGAUGAUGAGGAAUUUGAAGGCUAUGAAGAGAAAACAGAUGCAUCUCCCAGCAAAAGCAAGGACCCCAUAACAAUUGUUGAUGUCCCUGCACAUCUUCAAAACAGUUGGGAGAGUUACUACAUGGAGAUCUUAAUGGUAACUGGUCUUCUUGCGUACAUCAUGAACUACAUCAUUGGGAAGAAUAAAAACAACCGGCUAGCUCAGGCCUGGUUCAACACUCACAGGGAGUUGCUGGAAAGUAACUUUGCCCUUGUUGGGGAUGAUGGCACAAAUAAAGAACCCACAAGCACAGGGAAGCUCAACCAAGAAAACGAACACAUAUACAACUUAUGGUGCUCUGGCAGAGUGUGCUGUGAGGGAAUGCUUAUCCAGCUAAAGUUUCUCAAGAGGCAAGACCUUCUGAAUGUACUUGCUCGUAUGAUGAGGCCAGCCUGUGACCAAGUGCAAAUAAAAGUAACAAUGAAUGAUGAAGAUAUGGAUACCUAUGUGUUUGCUGUUGGAACAAGAAAAGCCUUAGUGCGACUUCAGAAGGAAAUGCAGGACCUGAGUGAGUUCUGCAGUGACAAACCCAAGUCUGGGGCAAAGUAUGGGCUUCCAGAGUCGCUGGCUAUCCUGUCAGAGAUGGGAGAGAUCACAGAGGGAAUGAUGGACACAAAGAUGGUACAUUUCCUCACACACUACGCUGACAAGAUUGAAUCCGUCCAUUUUUCAGACCAGUUCUCCGGUCCAAAACUUAUGCAAGAGGAGGGUCAGCCUUUAAAACUGCCCGACACUAAAAGGACACUAUUGUUUACAUUUAAUGUUCCUGGUUCAGGCAACACUUCCCCAAAGGAUAUGGAGGCUUUGCUGCCUUUGAUGAACAUGGUUAUUUAUUCUAUUGACAAAGCGAAAAAGUUCCGUCUAAAUAGAGAAGGUAAACAAAAAGCUGAUAAGAACAGGGCCAGAGUAGAAGAGAACUUCCUUAAACUGACUCAUGUGCAAAGGCAGGAGGCUGCCCAGUCCCGCCGGGAAGAGAAGAAACGGGCAGAGAAGGAGCGAAUUAUGAACGAGGAAGAUCCGGAGAAACAGCGCCGGCUGGAGGAAGCUGCUUUGCGGCGUGAGCAGAAAAAACUUGAGAAGAAGCAGAUGAAGAUGAAGCAAAUAAAAGUGAAAGCCAUGUGAAACCGUUGUGGGAAACUCGAUCUCAGUGCCCUGUGUAGACUUUUAAUUCACAGGGUACAAAGAACUAGUUAAUUUCAUAACCUUACACUUCUUCAAAUACUAUUCGCCAUUAAAAGAAAUGCUCUUUGCAUCCACGCUAUUUAACAAUUAAUUUAGGUAUUACAGCAAUAUACAGAUAUGUAUAGAGGGUUUUCGUCUCUGCAGCUUUCUUCCCAAUGGUUGAAUUAUUUUGCUACUUCUGAUGCUUUAAAAAAAUCAAAAAACUUGCAACAUCCCUUGAACUCCUUUUGUGAUUUUUAAAACAAAAAAAGAUUAUAAAACUUUUAAUCUUUACCAGUAACUUUACAUCAGUGCUUUGAUUGAGAUUUUUAAUGUUACAGGUAAUUUUUUCCACUUAAUUUAGGGGGAGGAAAAUAGCCUCCCCCCAUUUUAGUGAAAUUGCACAAUAAACAUUGGUGUGUUUCUAUAUCUGCAUCAAGCUUGUAAAGGUGCAAAACAUAGAGCCUUCCAUAUAUGGUAUGGAUAUUUCAGGGAUUUAAAACCAGUAUAGUUUAGAAAGAUAACUUUUUUUUAACACAGGGCACUGAAACAGUAUUGCACAAUCUAUGCUAUGGUUGGCAUAAAGAUAAAAGCUGUAGAUCGGUUAGAUAUCAGGGAAUGGCAUACAUGAGCACUGUUUCUUAUCUGUAGUUGUGAAUGUUGAAAGCGUAAUACAAUGUGAAUUCUGUACUUUGUGUUUCUUCUUCAGAAGCGAAUGCAUGGUGAGUUGGCAAGUUCCUCUAGAUUUGAAUACUCUUAGUGUACGAAUUUGCCUCUUAAAUAUUUCCCUCAUUUUGAUGGCAACUGCUGCCUAUUUAAUGUUCAGCAAGAGGCUAGAUUUGCAAUUAAAUAUCUGUGCAACUUCUCUUUUCCCUAAGCAAAGAGAGAACUUUUUUAGAGGCUAUAUAGCUUUUUGAUCUGUUGAAAUAGUUAUUUAUUUCAGGAUUUUAAGCUUGAGGUGGGGGAGAGAUGCAUGUGGAGGUAGGGGGGGAAGAAAUGGACACAACUGUACAAGUACGCUGCUGUCUAAGCGCUGCAUUUUAUAGAUGUUUCCUACCUAGAAAGCAUUUUGUUUUUUUUAACCUACUUUAUGCAGUUGUUUUUCUGGAGGAAUAAUCUGGGUGUCUUUCUCUUGCAUUUUCUUGUUUGAUGCUUUGAGUAAAUAAUUUUGUUCUGAGGCAAUAACAAUGAGCUGCUGUUGAAACAGCAUGUGCUAAAGGCCUUUGUUACCGCAUGAGACAUUUUACACUGAUUUGAAUGCAAAAAUCUGUAAUGUGAUCGACAUACAAAAUAUAAUCAUUUUAUAACAGCUGGUGAAAAGUAAUUUAAAGCCAAAAAUAGCAUAAAAUUAUGUGUAAUUUUACUCUUUUAGCCCUAUUUAGCUUGAGAGGGUGCAAGUCAUACAAUUUCACAAAGUUCUCUUUAAAGAAAAUGUGAGUUUGUGCUCUUUUGAGUAAAUAGAAUGCUUUGCUGAAGUUCCAUACACUUUUGGGCCAUGGCAGCUGAUUUUGUAAUAUGAACAUUCAUACGAACGAUCUAUGAAAAGAGUAAAAUAUAACUGAAACAUUC